ACGCCAUCUUGUGGAUAAUUCUGGUCUAUUAGGUUCAUCAGGCCGUCAACGUGACUUGGAAUAGGCCAUGUAUGGAUUUAAUGUACAGUGUUGUCUUUUGAGUAAAUUGGAUGAAACUAAUACACAGCGUUUUUAAGUGGAAAAUAGAGGGUGGGGCAACAACCCUACUUUGCACAGAUGCAAAACCGGAAAACACAAUUUGACAUAAUGCGCUAUUUAACACAGGUGAUAAUCGGACUGCGCACAUAGCCUACCUGUUCUCCUCAAUGUGCUAAUUUGGUUAGCUAGUGUCUGCUCCUUCCUCCUGCUGCUUUCAUGUCGGAUAGUCCUCUCAGAAAAAUGCUUGACAUCCUGAAAGUCUGUUCUUGACCAGAUGAAACACCUGGAGGAUGAGAACAAAAAGCUCGACACGAAGCUGAAGAUCCUCAAGGAGCAGGAGGCCUACGAGGGGAAAAUCGACGACAUCGCCAAGCAGCUGGAGAACGACAUGGAGCAGCAGAUCGAGACCUUGCUCCACGACCAAGAAAAACUGCAUGCUGCACUGCUCAAGAACCAGGAGGAGGUGGAGGACACCAAGAAGAGGUAUGAGGAGGCAUUUCUGAAAAAAUCAGAACUGGAGAAUGAGUUUAUUGUCAAGAAACAGGAUGUAGAUGAAGGUCACUUGGAGGCAGUAGAUCUGGUUCUGGAGCUGGAGGACCUGAUUGGAAAACUGGAGUUCCUCAGGGUUGGCUAUGAUGAGGAGACCAAGGAGCUGGAGUCGCACGUCCAGAAUGCGACAGUGGUCUUACGCGACAACAGCAAACGGUCUCUGGACAUGGACGAGAUCAUCGAGAGUGUCAAGAAUCAGUAUGCCAACAUGGCCGCCCGCAGCAGGGACGAAGCCGAGCAGUGGAACCAGAAAAAGAUGGAUGCCAUGGUCUUAAAUGCAGGACAGCGUGAGCAGGAAGUGCGUGACUUAAGGAGGGAGAUCUCAGACCUGGUGCGCCACAUCCAGAGGCUCAACGGGGACCUGGAAGCUCUCAUAAGGAAGGAAGAGUCCCUGAUGAAGAACAUCAGUGACAGGAGGACAGAAGGCGAAGACAACCUCCUGAAGGCUCGGGACGACAUUUCCCAGCUGGAGGAGGCCUUGAGGCGGGCCAAGCAGGACUUGGCUGGACUGAUCCGCGAACACCAAGAGCUGAUGAACCUCAAGUUGGCCCUGGACAUCGAGAUCGCCACCUACCGCAAGCUGCUGGAGGGCGAGGAGCAGAGAAUGAACUUCCAUAUGCGCCACGCAGACGUUCACUUGCCAGAGAAGCACCACCCCCCAGAGAAGCACCACCCCCCAGAGAAGCACCACCCGCCAGAGAAGCACCACCUGCCAGAGAAGCCACAAGCCCGGGCACCCACCGUUGUCCCGGCAGAUACAGCUGUCCCGGCGGUGUACCCCGCCUUGAAGAAACGCCUGCUGAUCCGGUUGGAGGUGGAGGCGGGCAGAGUAGUGUCCGAAAGCUCCCUUUAUACUGAAGAUUGACUGCCCAUCACACCGCUGUCUGCAGCAUUAAAGUAUGUCCGCAAAAUGUGAAUUAAAAAUAUUUAAAUUAAGUUAAAUUUUUUGCGGAUCAUCACGCAUAGUGUAUUUAUAUGCAAUAAUCUUGUUUCGUUUGUGUGCUUUCUGCAGUCUAACAAUAGCUUCUUGGCAGGUUGAACGUCUUUUCCUAGAACUCGUGCUUGAAGUUGGAGACAUUUUGUUAAAAAGGUUUUCUUAUCUUUCUUUGCCUUGGCAAAGACUUGUGUUCCUGGUACCAUCAGUUUAUUUUUUUUUCAGCUUUCCUUGCAGUUGUUUCUGUCAUACCUUUUUGAGCUUAAUACGAUUGUGUCUCUGUAGAAAAAGAAAACCACCCAUCUAACGGUGUAAAGGUUUCUUAAUGAAGUGAAAAAUAAAUUGAGGAACUUGUGGCAUUAAGCAAGAGGUUAAAAGGAGUGUUUCUGUUCUGUUGCUCAACAUCUUGUUAAUAUCAGGAAGGAUAUUCACAAAGAUAAUGCUUCCUACACGAGGUCACAUUAACGGGAGGCAAACAUGGAUCUGGGGUAGAACUGUAUGCUUGAAAUGGCUUUUCAUACUGCGUUGGAAUUUUUUUUCUUUCUCUCGCAUGGAUCUGCACCUUUAUAUCUCAAAUAUGUCAAAUGUAAUCGCAAAGAAAUCAGAAGAUAUUGCAGUUUACUGUUAGGAUGACAAGUGUUUGCAAUUGAAUGCAAUAAAUAAACAAAGCAUCAUGAACAAUA